CGCGGGGGCAGGGGCUCUCGCCCGCAGCAGGCAGCAGGGACCUGCUCGCCGCGGCGGCCUCCGUCGGCAGCAGCAGCAGCAUCGGAAGCAGCAGCAGCAACUUGAGGUUCCGAGACAAGGAGCAGCAGCAGCAGCAGCAGCAGCAGCGAGCCCUGCUGCUGCCAAACGCCUCCCAAGACAGCCUCGCAGCAGGAAGGCCCUCUUCUGCCUCCCCCACAGACAGCAGCAGCUACCGCCCCCCCCGCAGCAGCAAACUCCUCCAGCAGCAGCAGCAGCAGCAGCAGCAGCAGCAGGUGCUGCUGCCGGGGGCCCCCGGACUCACCCGACACCAGUCCCCUGUGGGGCCCCUCUCCCUCGCGGGGGCCUUCGGCAGUUUUGCUGCUGCAGCACACAGCGCCUCGUUGACUCCUGCUGCUUCCCCGCGGCAGAAGCCGCAGCUGCUGCUGCAGCAGCUGCAGCAGCAGCAGCAGCAGAUGCAGCAGCAGCACCAACAAUUUCAACAGCAACUCUCACAAACACAACAGCAGAAACACUGGCAGCAGCUCCAGCAGCAGCAGCAACAGCAGCAGCAGCAGCAGCAGCAGCAGCAGCAGCAAAGACAAACCGCCCCAGAGGCGUACCACGGGGCUUCCCCACCACUGUUUUCCUACAACGAGCAGCAGCUGCAGCAGGCGGAGGAGGAGCAGCGGCAGCAGCAGGCGCGGGACCCGCAGUUGUUGCUGCAGCAGCAGCAGCAGCGGCUGCUGCAGCAACAACUGCAGCAGCACCAGCAACAAUACCUGGAGGGCAUGAUGCAGCACCACCGCCGCUGGUUUUUUCAGCAGCUGCAGCACUACAGGAAGGUCACCCGAAGGCAGCAGCGAGCAGCAGCAGGAGCAGCAGCAGGAGCAGCAGCAGGAGCAGCAGCAGGAGCAGCAGCAACUGCAUCUGCAGCAGCAGCAGACGAGGCUUGCGCGUGCCGGCGCAGAGGCAGCGACAGCACCAUCCACUGCAGCAGCAGCCGCAGCAGCAGCUGCAGCAGCAACGCCAGCCUCGGCAGCAGCAGCAAACGCAGAGGACGCGCGCAGCGCUGUAGAGGCAGCAGCAGCAGCAACUACAGCAGCAACCACAGUGGCAGUUGCAGCAGCAACUGCAGCAGUUAUAGUGGCAGUAGCGGCUUGAGCUGCGACUGCAGCAGCUGCUACAGCAGCUGCAGCAGCUGCAGCAGCGCGUACAGCGAAAGCGAUUGCAGCAGCAGCAGCAGCAGCAGCAGCAGCAGGGAUAUGUGGCGCCGCGCUGCUCGCUGCAGCUGCUGCUGUCACAAGCCCCCGGCCUCAGAGCCAGCAGCAGCAGCAGCAGCAGAAGCAGCAGCAGCAGCUGGCAGUCGCUGCGUCUCGAUAGAGAUGCCGCAGCUGAGGCGGGGAGAAAGUGUCGAAGGAAGUGCUGCUGCAGCAGGAGCUGCUGCAGCAGGUGCUGCUGCAGCAGGUGCUGCUGCUGCAGCAGCAGGUGUGGGGCCCCGUUUGUCUUCUUUGGAUUUGUUUGCUGCUUUCCUUCGGGCGACGGAGCGGUCAAAAAGGACAAUAAAGGGGUUUACGGACACGUUUGGUGGGGGGGGGUCUGCAGCAGCAGCAACAAGAAGAGCAGCAGCAGCAACAGCAGCAGCAGCAACGGCUGCAGCGGCAGGCAGCUGCUGCUGCAGCCGAGGCAUUUGCGAAGUCUGCGCUGCGCAUGUUGACUUGACUCUCCACCCUUUCCGCGAGAUGCAGCAGCAGCAGCAGCAGCAGCAGCAGCAGCAAGAGGCUGCUGCUGCUGCUGCGGGCUCUGCGGCGCGCGGCGCCGCGGGGAAAAACAAGAGCAGCAGCAGCAGCAGCAGCAGCAGCAGCAGCAGCAGCAGCAGGUCCUGCUGCAGCUGCUCGGUCGUGGGUUCUUCGGGUUUUGUUCGGCAGCGGAGGAGGUUGAAGAGAAGCCGAAAUAAAAACAAGUCCAUUUCUUUGUUGGAGCCCAUUGAAGUGUGCGAGGCGAGCAGCGGCGGCAGCAGCAGCAGCGACUUGUCUUCGCUCUUGAGCAGCAGCAGCAGCAGCAGCAGCAGCAGCAGCAGCAGCAGCGAGGGCGAGGGUGGGGGCCUCCGCCGCCGGCGUUUUCAAGGCAUGUUUUGGAGUCCAUCUUUCCUAGGCAAGUACGACUGCUUGGGAGCAGCAAACAGCCGCAGCAGCAAGCCUGAAAAGAAGCUCAAAACCACCAGCAGCAGCAGCAGCAGCAGCAGCAGCAGCAGCAGCAGCAGCAGGUGUCGGGAGUGGGAUCCGUUGCGGGUUGUGCCGGAGGCGCCGAGCAAGUCGGAAGUGGCAUCGGGUGCUUCUUUCUACAGUGUAUGUACACUCGAAAUGGAGGGGGGCCCCCCUGGAGGAGGGGCCCCCCCGCUGCAGGGGGGCCCCCCGUCUGCUGCUGCUGCUGCUGCUGCUGCUGCUUUGCGGCAGCGUUGGAGCGAGUGUGCGCACGGGGCUGCUGCUCCUGGGGGUUUGGGGGCCGUGUCUUCGUUCCGCCCGCAGCAGCAGCAGCAGCAGCAGCCGCAGCAGCAGCAGCAGUUGCAGCAGCUGCAGCAGCUGCGUCAGCGGGGGGCCUCGUCUUCGUUGCGUUCUGGGGCUGCGGUGGGUCGGUCUCCGCGGGCCGCAGCAGCAGCUGUGGCCGCAGCAGCAGCAGCAGCAGCAGCAGGGUCUCGGGCGCCUUCGAUGUACGAGCGGGGUUCUUUGUCGCAGUCUUCGGACACUGUGGAGGAGAAGCAGCAGCAGCAGCUGCUCUUCGGCGACCCCCUGGAGCGGGCCCAAGAAGCUGCUGCUGCGCGGCAACAGCAGCAGCAGCAGCAGCAGCAGCAGCAGCAGCAGCAGCAGAGCGGCUCUGCGCGUCGCGCGCUGCAGCAGCUGACUGGCGGUCUGGGCGCAGCCGGCGAGCUGGGCCUCUCGCAGGCCCGCCGUCUCCUCGGCCGCCGUCUGCCCCCCUCCUCCUCCUCCUGCUGCUCCGCAGCAGCAGCAGCACCUGCUGCAGCAGCAGCAGCAGCAGCAGCAGCAGCUGCUGCUCCCCGCUGCCCAUCGAGCAGCCUCCACCUUAGCCGCAGCGGCUCCGCCGCUGCCCCCCCCC